AUGCGCUUAGACUGCAUAGAAAAACGAUUGGCGAAAGUGUUCGGUCAUUACAGUGGCCUUGUGGUCCUCUGUCCAUUGCCUUUCAUCGUCAUUCCGAUUUUUAUCACCAUCGGAUUGUCUACGGGGCUUGUAUGGCAUGGACAGGCAUUUAUGAAGGAUGAGCUCGAACUCUACACUCCAACUGAUGCUCAGGCUCGAGUCGAAGUGCGCGAACUCGACUCUCUAUUCCACAUCAACGAUUCCGAUCCAUUUUAUGCAACUCGG